AUGGCUAGUACAUUCCAGGAAACACCUACACUUGAAGCUUCUUAUUCAGAAAAUGUUGAUGCUAAACUGUCCUUUCUACCUGAAAGACUGAGAAAGAAACUGCUUCCCUUUCAGGAGAAAGGCAUCAUAUUUGCACUUCAGAGAAGUGGCAGGUGUAUGAUUGCUGAUGAGAUGGGGCUAGGUAAAACAAUUCAAGCAAUUGCCGUUUCCUAUUACUAUAAAAACGAAUGGCCUCUCUUAAUUGUAGUGCCCUCAUCUCUGAGAUACCCUUGGGUUGAUGAGAUGGAGAAGUGGAUUCCAGAACUCUCUCCAGAAGAUAUUAGCAUCAUUCAGAAUAAAACUGAUACUGGGAGAAUAUCAACCAGCAAAGUAACGGUUCUGGGGUAUGGCCUGUUAACUUCUGAUGCACAGACUUUAGUAGACACUUUGUACAGGCAGAACUUUAAGGUAGUUGUGAUUGAUGAAUCACACUAUAUGAAAUCCAGAAAUGCCACCCGCAGCAAGAUUUUGUUGCCAAUUGUGCAGAAAGCUCUUAGAGCUAUUCUUCUUACUGGAACUCCUGCUCUAGGAAGACCUGAAGAGCUUUUCAUGCAGAUUGAGGCACUGUUUCCAAGAAGAUUUGGAACUUGGAGUGAAUAUGCCAAAAAAUACUGUGAUGCUCGUGUCAGGUUUUUUGGUAAAAGAACUCAAUGGGACUGUAGAGGAGCUUCAAAUUUAGAAGAACUACACCAACUUUUAAGUGAAAUAAUGAUCAGAAGACUGAAGAAUGAUGUUCUAACUCAGUUGCCUCCCAAAGUUAGGCAACGUAUUCCAUUUGACCUCCCACAAGCUGCAGCUAAGAAUUUGAAUACCACUUUUGCAGAGUGGGAGAAAUUAAUGAGAAAUCUGAAUUCAGAUGCCACUGAAAGCCACUUUUCUCAAGUCAUGAAUCUAAUCACACGCAUGUAUAAAGAAACAGCCAUCGCCAAGGCAGGAGCAGUAAAGGACUAUAUCAAAAUGAUGCUUGAAAAUGACAAACUGAAGUUUCUAGUUUUUGCUCAUCACUUAAGCAUGCUUCAAGCCUGUACAGAGGCAGUUAUAGAAAAUAAGGUUCGCUACAUACGAAUAGAUGGAAGUGUUCCUUCUGCAGAAAGAAUACAUCUUGUUAAUCAGUUUCAGAAGGAUCCUGAUACCCGGGUUGCUAUUUUGAGUAUUCAGGCAGCUGGUCAGGGUUUAACUUUCACUGCUGCUACUCACGUUGUGUUUGCUGAAUUAUAUUGGGAUCCAGGCCAUAUUAAGCAAGCAGAAGACAGAGCACACCGAAUUGGGCAGUGCAGUUCUGUGAAUAUUCACUUCCUUAUUGCAAAAGGAACAAUGGAUACUCUUAUGUGGGCAAUGCUGAACCGCAAGGCCAAAGUUACAGGCAGCACCUUGAAUGGCAAGAAAGAGAAAAUGCAGGCUGAAGAAGGUGAUAAGGAGAAAUGGGAUUUUUUGAGUUUUGCUGAGACCUGGACCCCAAAUGAAAGUCUAGAAGAUCCCAAAAAUGAACUUUUAUUUACACAUUUUGAAAAGGAAAGACAGCAUGACAUACGUUCUUUCUUUUCCCCAAAAUCUUCCACUGAGAAGAAACGCAAAAUAUUUUCUGGUAAUGAAUCACUACACAAUGAUUCGGAAUCUUCUGAAGUCACCAAAGAAGAGGAUGCAGAGAAGAGUAAUGAAAACCUGGAUUCAACAAGAAUAAGUGAUGUGGAUACAAUUUGUCAUGAAAGUACCUGUGAACGUGAAGCUAAAAGAGCGAGAAUCAUAAGUGGAUCUACUCCAGUCAAUUCCAGUAAGAAAAAGAAAAAAUCUUUGACUGGAAAAAAGGCCUCUCUGUUUGCAGAAAAAAACAAUGAAGUCUUUCCUUGUGGCUUAAAUACUUCAAGCAAAAGUACGGCUUUAAAUAAAGUUUGGCACUGUAGUGUUUGCACUUAUAGUAAUAAUGAAUUGCUCCCUUACUGUGAAAUGUGCAAUUGCUCUCAAAGCGGUAACGUUGAGAGAAAUUGUGAAGCUCCCACGAGCCAAACUGAGGAAUAUGUGUCAAAGGACUCCAGAAGAAAUGAAGAGAGAGCAGAGUGCAAUGCUGAAGAUAGUGAAGAUUUUGGAGAAAUGGUGACCCAGCAAUCUGUUGAAAUCAGUGAACAGGAAACUGUUAAAAUUGAAAAUGAAGAAAGUGAAAAAAAGUGUGGAGAAGAUAAAUCAGACACGUUUGAAAUAUAUGACGGGCUUAUGUUUUGUGCAAGCAGGAAUACUGAUAGAAUUCACCUCUAUACAAAGGAUGGUGAACCACUGAAUCAUAAUUUCAUUCCGUUGGACAUACAGCUGGAUAACUGGGAGGAUUUACCAGAGACUUUCCAGCAUAAACGAAAUCGUUCAUUGAUACUGAGGUUUGUGAAAGAAUGGAGUCAUCUAACAGCAAUGAAACAGAAGAUUGUCAGAAAAAGUGGUCAGAUAUUUUGUAGUCCUAUUCAUGCUGCAGAGCAGUUAUCUAAAAAGCAGUCAGCGGUCAGCAGCACAAAAAGGUACGUGACCAAGGAGGAUGUAGCAGCAGCCUCACUUAGCAAAGCUAGCUGCAGCGGGGGCAGCGUUCGCCUCAUCUCGAAAGAAAGUGGGGUUUGUCUGAGGAAUGAAAAUGCUUCUAUUGAACAAUCGGGUCAUUCCACAAAGUUGCUUUCGGAAAAUGGAAAAGGCCCGUCAGCUCUUCAUUCAGAGCAGACUGAAGCUGAAGGCUCCUCCCUAUCCAAAGGCUAUUUGCAAGCCUUGGACAGCCAAGGGAACCCACUCUGUCUCAGCUGUCAACAGCCAACAGCUCAGCUUGAGGCAGGCUGCCAGGCCCGUGCUUGGGACACGCGAUUCUGCUCUCAUGCCUGCCAGGAUGACUUCUCGAUUCGCUCUAGUCAGAGCUACCUUAGGACUAAAGUGUUUGAAAUUGAACACGGUGUUUGCCAGUUUUGUAAUCAAAACGCCCAGGAGCUUUAUCUCAGCGUCAGAGAUGCGCCCAAGAGUCAGCGUAAGAAACUUCUGGAGAGUUCAUGGAUGUCCCACCUUCCACUUGGGCAGUUGAAUGAAAUUAUAACAAACCCGACAGAAGGCCAGUUCUGGCAGGUAGACCAUAUCAAGCCUGUUUACAGUGGAGGAGGACAGUGCUCCCUGGAAAACCUUCAAACUCUGUGUACGAUCUGCCACAGACAGAGAACUGCAAAACAGGCGAAGGAAAGAAGCCAGAUGAAGAGACGUUCUUUAGCUACAAAGUACGGCUGCGAUAUCACAAAAUUUUUUGUGAAGAUGUAAAAUGCCAAAUAUAUUCAGUUACAUUAUAACUCAGAAACCAGUAGAGUUACAUAGUUUUCCUCAUGCACUGAUUUAAAACAAAAAAUCUUUGUAGUCUAUCAUGCUGUUGGUAGAGGGAAGAAAAUAUGCAAUUAAAACCAAGAAAUCAUUUACAACAAUGACUGUCAGAGAGCCUUGGGUGAGUGCAUCCAGAGUACUUGAUCAUGGGUACAUUUUUAUGACCCUGUGGUUUAAAGCUAAAUUUGUGUGUAACCUUAAUGCAAAUUUGAAGCAUUACUGUUUUCCUAUUACAGUGGGGUUACAGCUGCAGGAACUUGAGGAAGUUCUGUUGAAGCUUCUGGUGGUCUUACAGGGUUCAGUUGUAUUGGGGACAUUAUGGUCCAAGAAGAUAUCUUAGCUUAAAUUCUUUUCUUUGUUCCCAUAUCAAAAUUACUGGCUCUGAUAUCUAUUGUGACAAAAAUAGCAUGCGAGUGAUUUGUCUUGUCUAAAACUGUCUUAGUUCUGAUCAGCUGUGAAAAGCCUACUGUUGGCACCGGGCCUGACUUACUUACAGGACUAUGGCAUUUAGAAUUAAUGUUUAUUGAAAUCUGGUUUUACUUAAAACCAGCUUGUAUUAAAAACUUAUUCAUGAUAAGGAACAAUAAAUAUUACCAAUUAUCUCAUCAAAGGUAGUUUCUGGGAAAUGCUACAGUCACAUUCUCCUUAACAAGGUUGCAGAGAUGCUGGUUAUUUUGGACUGUUUAUGUGGCUUUCUUACAGUUACUUCAACUGAAAUAAAUACAUUUGUCUCUUUC